CGUCCAGAGCACCCCCGCCGCCGCUGGCCGCUGCCCCGCCGCAGCAGGGGAUGCCGCCGGCGGUAGCGCCCGACCCGCCGCGCCAAAACCCUAGCGGGCCCGACCUCCCCGCCGCCGCCGCGGCCCCCAUGGCCAACCCGGGCCUAGGGCUCGGCCUCGCGCCGCCGGGCGCGGAGCCCUCCGCCGGGGCGCCGCCGCCUUCGCGCCGCGCGCCCCGCCUGGCCAAGCGGCGACACGCGCCCGCCUCGUCCCGCUCCCGCGCCCCGCAGCCCCCCGCAGGGACGUGGAACCCGUUUGGCGGCGGCGGUACAGAUGGUCCGAGGCAGGACGGGACUGGCGGCUUCGGGAGUGAGAACGGAGGAUUCGGGAAGGGUCAGGCCGGGUGCUUUGUGUUUGGUGCUGCUCCGGCGGUGGGCCAGCAGGUUCCGGAGCCGCCAGCGGCAGCAGCUUCACCCAGUGAGGCACCGUUUGUGUUUGGGAGCGUGAGGGAGAGCCUGUCUCGGGUGGAGGGAUUAUCUGCGCCGUCAAAGCUGCCUGAUAGGAUGGAAAAGCUUAACCUGCGCACAUCAGGAGAGGUUGGCGCUCGUUUUGGUCAGGGGAAGGAUCAAAAGGAUGGAUGUUCUGUAUUUGGUGUUGAUAUUUCUGGUUUGGUUUCUAACAGCCAGGUUAAUGUGCUCCCGGAGAAGCUUACACAACUCAAUUUAGGCUGUGGAGAACCAUUGCAGAGUGAGAAGGGUGACAUUGGUAAUGGUGUCCCAAAAUCAUUUGUGUUUGGAGGUAAUAGUGCUGGGACUUUUGCUGAUAGUAGGAAUGCUGCUGCCCCUGGUGCACAGUCAGAUGCUUCUGCCUCAGUUCUAGGUACUGAUGCCAAAGCUAUGCCUGAGAAGUCGACACAGUUCGAUAUAGGUGAUCAGGCACCUUCCAGGGGAAAGGGGAUUGAAAAUACUAAUGGAGCACCUUUCACUUUUGGAAGUAAUGCAGCAAGUGUCCAUUUGGAUAGUGCAAACAAUGCUGCAUCUGGUGCGAAUACCAGUUCAUCCACUGCUGUUAAUGGUUUUGAUGAUGCUGGUGUGCUUCAGGAGAAGUUAACACAGAUGAAUAUCGGAAGUGACAUGCCGUUGCAUGACAUGAGAAGUGCUGGUUGUAGUCAUCAACCUGAAGUGUUUACGUUUCGGGGUGGAGGAGCCCCAGGUACUGUUUUUGGGAAGGAAACAAGCAGCACUUCAGAAAGGAGCAGUGAAUUCUUCUCUGCAAAUAGCAAUGCUUCUAGUUCAAGCAGUGAUUUUCUCUCUACAGCAAAUAGCAAUGCUUCAGCUAAUGGCACUGACAGUUCGCCUCCAGAGAAGAAAUCAGAUUUGAGUGCAGGAGGUGGAGUCAUGUUGCAGAGGAUGGAAAGUGAUAACGCUAAUUGUCCACCGGAGGCAUUGUUUGGAAGAAAUGGAACCCAGAGCUCCAUUUCUCACUCAGCAAGCAUAGCCAUGGAUGAUGGAAGUAACUUUGUCAGUGAUGCAGAUACGAACAUCAGUUCAGCUCGUGGUACAGUGGAUGGUGUGCUUCCAGAGAAGAUGACAGAUUUAAAUAUAGGAUCUGGAAUUCCAUCUCAGAGCAGGGAAGAUGAAACUGCUACUCAACCACCAGAAGUAUUUGUAUUUGGAAAUAAUGCGGAGGCUACUUCAGGAUAUGGUGCUGUUCCCCAACCCAAACAGGAGUCACAUCCAUUUACAAAUUUGAAUUGUGCAUCUAGUUUCUCUACUUUUGAGACUGCAGUUCCUGCUUUCAGUUUUGGAACCAUAAAUGCAGAAAGAGAAGCUGCUCCUGAUGAUCCUUGUGCUGUCAAACAUGAUUUGCCUGGGUGUUCCAGAGAGACCUUAUUUGGUUUAGAUAGUAUAAAGUCUGCAUACAGGGACAAGAAAGAAGUACAUAAAAGCAAAAGGAAAAAUAGAAGACCAACUAGGCUAAAGCAACAUGCUCAAGUCCAUCAUGUUACUCCUAAGGAAACCUUUACCAAUGGAGAUUUAGCAGGUGACUAUUCACCAAUGGAUUGUUCCCCUUAUCCGGCAGAAACUGAACAUGUUUCAACCGAGGCAUAUGUGGCUUCAGAUCAGUCUGUUCACAUAGGUGAUAGUGGUAUCCCUAACUGGAACUCAAGUUGUGCAGAUGAUCUAGUUUCUGCAACCGAGCACUUGGUCAUUGACGCUGACCUUCAGGCAUUUGGACAUGAAAGUACAGUACUGAAUGUAGAUGCAUCUGAAAGCAAUUUCGGGAGCAGUUUUUCUAGUUUUGAAGGAGAUUUAAGUAAUGCAUCACGGCAUUCUUUCACAAAUGUCAAUAUUUGCUUGAAUGGUGAGCAUAAAACAGGUGCCACAGAAGCUUGUCCUGAUGUUUAUGGGCACAAUGUUAAUGGGCAAGCCUAUGAUGAGAGUACCUACAGAACUCUGCAUGAUUUUGGUGAAGCUGUUGCUUUUCAACCAAGCACUUCGAAUUUUAGUGGGCUGAACUUUAGCUUCGGUGCAUCGUCAUCUGAUAUUUCUGCAUCAGCACAAAGACGUAGCACAAGAAGGAAGUUAAGAACAAAAGGCACUCCAGCAUCUAAGUCAUCAAGUACCAACUCUUUUGUACAGCCAAAAUCUUCACAAGAUAUGAAGGGCAUGCAAGUUUCACAAGAUACUAAGUCAUCAAGUAUAAAUGAAGACUUAGUGAAACAACAAGCGAAAAGAGAUUCUUCUGCAGCCUUGGAGAUUUGUGAAACUUGGCGUACUAGUGGAAAUAAAGCCUAUGCAAAUGGGCACUUUGCUACUGCAGAGGAUUAUUACACCCGUGGAAUAAACUCUAUUUCCCAUCACGGCGCUUCUGGGCACUGUUCCCGCGCUUUGAUGCUGUGUUAUAGCAACCGAGCUGCUACAAGAAUGUCACUUGGCAUGAUUCGGGAGGCGCUUCAGGAUUGUUUGACUGCUACAUCAAUUGACCCCAGCUUUAUUAAAGCUAAAGUUAGAGCUGCAAAUUGCUACCUUGCAUUAGGUGAUCUUGAAGAUGCAUCAAGGAGUUACAUGUCCUGUUUGAACAAUAACACUUCGAGUUCUGACCCCAAAGUCUUUACUGAGGCUUCUGAUGGUUUGGAAAAAGUCAAGAGAGUGACAGAGUGGGUAUCCCAGUGCAAGGAACUUCUUGAGAAAAGAGCAUCUCCUGAAGCAACAACAGCCUUAGAAUUGAUCUCCAAUGCAUUGCACAUAAGUCCACAUUCGGACAGCCUCAAGGAGAUGAAAGCUGAGGCAUUGCUGAUGCUACGAAGAUAUGAAGAAGUGAUUCAACUAUGUCAGGGGUCUGUAAAUCCGGCUGAAAGAAAUUCAGUUUUAUUCAAUGCUGAUGGAGAACCAAAGAAUUCCAGAGUUUCUGAAAAGACACAAUUCUCUGGAAGUUAUUGGCGGCCCUACCUUAUUUGCAAGUCUUAUUUCCUUUCAGGAAAGCUUGAUGAAGCUCUUGAUUUGUUAAAGAAGCAUGAGCAAGUCACACCUUCCCAAGAAAGUGAUGAGAGGACAUAUCAUCAAUGUUUUUCAUCGUUGUCAGCAACUAUAAGACAACUACUCUCCCUUAAGGCUGCUGGAAAUGAAUUAUUUCAAGCUAGGAGAUAUUCAGAUGCUGUGGAACAAUAUUCAGCGGCUUUGGCAUGCAAUAGUGAAUCACGCCCGUUUUCAGCUGUCUGUUUUUGCAAUCGUGCAGCUGCAUAUCAAGCACUUGGACAGGUUACUGAUGCAAUAGCAGAUUGCUCACUUGCCAUGGUUCUUGAUGCAAAUUAUCUAAAGGCAAUUUCAAGGCGAGCCACCUUAUACGAGAUGAUAAGAGAUUAUGGGCAAGCUGCCAAUGAUGUAAGGAAGCUAAUCUUGCUUCUUGAAAAGAAAGUCAAUGUGUCUGGAUUAUCACCAAAAGUUUUUAACAAGCACAGUGAUCUCAAGCAAGCACGCGCGCGGCUCUCAUCCAUAGAGGAUGAAGCAAAAAAGGAUGCUCCGCUGAAUUUGUAUUUAAUCUUGGGAGUGGAGCCAUCCUGCUCUGCAGCAGAUAUCAAGAAGGCAUAUAGGAAAGCUGCAUUGAAACAUCACCCAGACAAGGCUGCUCAAUUACUAGUAAGGAAUGAGAAUACUGAUGACGGAUUUUGGAGGGAUGUUGUCAAGGAAGUUUAUGCAGAUGCGGAUCAUCUGUUUAAAACAAUCGGGGAGGCAUAUAAUGUUCUUUCGGACCCAGUCAAGCGUCAAGAGUAUGACUUUGAAGAGGAUGUAAGAAAAUCUCGAAACAGAGUAUCUAAGUCCAGGAGUAUGCAUAGGUCACCUGAACAGAACUAUGGCAACAGAGGUUUUAAUCCACGUCAGUGGCAGUCAAGCAGAGCAUCACGCUCACGAUGGUAUGGAUAUUCAGAUGAUUUCUGGUAAACUUAUUGGCAGCUAUAUAUGGUGUGGUCAUUGGCAAGCAACUUCUUCCAUCAGUUGCAAUGUUGCACGUGGAGCAAGACCCCAUUUGACCAAGAUGAGUGGCACUUAUCUAGGGUUUCUAGGUACCACUGCUAACCCACCCUUACAGUGCUAUUAAUUUUGGGGAGGAUGGAAAUAUAAGGAUUCACCAUUUGGGAGGAUUGCUUUCAACAUUGCUGUGGUGUUGCAGCUUGACUGGCACAUGCGUGAUCUGGAGACAGGACAUCAAGUUAUCUUGGUUAACUUGAUGGUGUGUGAACAUUAAACUGCUUGGUAGUGGGACAUCCAGAUAUCAUGGCAGGCAUCAAAGGUUAGAAACACGGAGAAAGAUAUUGGUUUCUCCAUAGGCAAAAGCAUUCUUUUGCUGAGUGCAUGGCUGACGCCUCAGGUUUACAGCGCCAAAGAAGAUCAGCUGGAAGAAGAGGCAUGUUCUUUUCUGCGUCCUGUUGUUUUCUGUUCAUAAGGUAUCCAGAUAUUGUAACAUGCCUGGCAAUUAGAAACAAAGAGUGGUACGUAUUGUAACUGCCCAAUGUCGAAAUCUCCAAUUAUUUAUUCUUGUGACCAUGUGUUUUUGCUAGCUGAUGUAAGGCAUCACUUUUGGGGUGCUGCUGGGGUCACGCCGGUGACUCCCAGCAGAUUUAUCACCCACUACAUAUUUUAUGUUGAUUUGUUUUA